AUGGUGGUGGAAAUGUUAUUUGUGAUGAUAAAAAGAGCUGCCAAUAUGAAUCUUAUCUCUGGUUUUAAGCCAGCUACUGAUGCUAAUGCCAUUCAUCAUCUACAAUUUGCAGAUGACCUUAUUGUCUUCUUAGAUGAUAAACUAGUUUCUGGCAUGAAGGUUAAUUUCAGAAAGAGUGUUAUUGUAGCAGUUGGUGAAGCUGUAAAUGCUGAGGCAAGUGCAUUACUUUUUGGUUGUCCUUUAGCUACUUUUCCAAUGAAGCAUUUGGGUAUUCCAUUGGGUAGUAAAUCAAAACCUGUGGGUGUUUGGGAUGUUAUUAUUCAGAAAUUUCAACAAAGGAUGAGUAAUUAUGAGGCAGUUCUUAUGGGGUCUUCUAAGACAAAAUCAAAAAGGAGUUGGGUGGCUUGGAAAACAGUGAAUCUACCAAAAGAAAGAGGAGGUGUUGGCAUUAAAAAACUAAGGAUCAUGAACAAAUCUUACAUGCUAAGUGGAUAUGGAGGUAUGGAAAUUAGGAUAAUGCAUUAUGGAGGAAAGUGGUUAAUCACAAGUUUGGUGGUCAAUAGUGGUCAUAGGUGCUUAUUUUGGAAGGAUAAUUGGGUUAAUGGACAAUCUCUGGAGCUUUUAUUUCCUGCACUAUAUAAGAUUACUAGAAAAAAAGAUGCCACAAUUCAGGAUUUCUUAGUAAUAUCCAGUUCAAAUAGCUGGAAUUUGGAUUUUUGCAGGAAUUUGAAAGAAUCUGAAGUGGAGGAUGUUGCUCUCUUGCUGAACCUGUUGCCACCUAUCGAUAUUAAUAGUGGUCCAGAUCAAAGAGUUUGGGUUGCAGGUAAUAAUAGUUUUUCUGUGGCUGCCUGUUGUAAAGCUCUUGAAGAGGAUGGUCUCAUUAUAUUUCCUUAUAAGUCUGUGUGGAAUCCAAAAAUUCCACAGAAGGUAAUCUUCUUCAUAUGGAUAUUGUGUUAUAAUGAUGCUCCUACAUUUGAUUCUUAUAAGAAUUCUUAUGUAGUAAAUGGUUGCUUGCUUUGCAAAAAAGCUGCUGAAACAAAUCAACACAUUUUUCUUCAUUAUGAUACAACAAGAUUAGUGUGGCACUAUUUCCUGAAGUAUUAUAAACUUCAAUGGGUAUUUCAAGAUUGUGUGAAGAAUAUUAUUUGGGAGUGGAGAAAGAAGAAAGCUACUUCAACAUCUAUAAGGAAAAGAAUCUGGGAUAUGCAUCAAUUUGCAAUCUGGUGGGAAAUCUGGAUGGAGAGGAAUGAAAGAUGUUUUAAUGGUAAAUACAAGCCUAUGUAA